AAAUCGCGAGCGUAAGGAAACUUUCUCGCUUUUCGAUUUUACCCUCACCCCGACAGCUCCCAUUCCCCUCGCCCGCUCCUCUGUAAGCUCACUUUUCCCUCGCCAGCCUCUCUACAACUCACCCAUUCCUCUCGCCGGCGUCGUUUGCGCCCCCCUCUCGUCGGCGUCGUCCCCGCCUCCCUCUCGUCAGCGUCUCCUAUCCCAUUCCCCUCGCUCACCCACUCCCCUCCAAAGAUGGUGUCGCCGUGUCAAAGAUCACCUUUUUACUCAGGUGGAUCUGCAUCGGCGACUGCUGCGGCGGCGCGGCGAUGAGGUGAGCGAGCUUGUGGGGGAGGGGGUCGAUGCCCACACAGCAGCUGUGGCGCCGCGGCUCUGCUCCCAUCCGCCCACCUGCACAGCGACCGGCGCGGCGCUGCGGGACCAGAAGCUCGCCUGCGGCGGCGGAAGGGGCCUCUGUGACUCCGGCUGGAUUCACCACCUGCAAGGACGAUUGGAUCCGGCUGGAUUCGCUCAGGGCAGACGACAACGCCAAGGACGACUGGAUCCACGACCUCCCGCCCCUCUACAUGGCCAACAGUAGCACCGAACAGAGUACUCCAUUGCUGCCCGGAACGCAGCGAGCAACAAGAUGCGCUAGGUGUGGAGGAGCUGGGGGCCUGGGCGAGGAGGUGCCCAGGGGCGGGAGCGGCGAGGUGCCCAGGGGCGGGAGCGGCGAGAUGCCCGGGGCUGGAGCGGGAGGUGCCCAGGCGCUGGAGCUUUUCCUCGCCUAGGAGUAGGAGGAUUUUGAAUUUGAAAUCCUCCGCAGCUUAGUGGGAUCGCAGGGAAGGUGAUCACAGGGACGACGAUAGCAGGGGUAGAAAUGACUUUUUGUCACAUAUCGAUGCUGUCGGAAUUCUGGAAAACGCUCUUAUAAUUCGGGAUGGAGGGAGUACUUCUAAUUUUAUUCCUACAAAGCAGUUUUAUUACUUGUUUCUAGGUAGAGCAAGAGUUGGGGUGCGUAGAGUUGUAAGAGAAUAUAAAUCUUACCUUUAGCUCCUCGUUGGGUUCGAAACUCUUAUUUAUCGAAAAAGACUCUACGCCGUUGCGGGGGAACAAUAGCGUGGGAUGAAUAUUCUCGUGUGCGCUUGUUGGCUUUAUCUCUAAAUAUAUUUUGUUUUCUGUUC